AUGGUUAAAACUUAUAGAUUGAAAGAACACAUUCGACUUUUUCACGAAAAAAAUUUCAAAUUAAAAUGUGAUAUUUGCAAAAAAGGCUUUCGAAGAGCAAAAGAAUUACAAGAUCAUCUUGCUCUAAAGCACUUAGAGGAAGAACUUUACAAAUGCUCAAUUUGUGAUAAAAAUUUGUCAUGUAAAUCUAGCUUGAAAAGUCACAUAAAGUCCGUUCAUAAAAAAAAUGUUGUCGCCAAAUCUUUGUACCAGCUUAAAGUAACAAAAAGAGCGGAAAUUGUCGGUAAAACGUCAGUACAAUUCGAUUCAUCAAACGAAAUUGUUCAAAAAAUGAAUUACAAAAGCAAUUCAGAAAAAUUCAUCUGUGAUUUCUGUAAAAAAUCAUUUGGAUCGAAAACAAAUCUACAGCGACACAUGGAAAUUCAUCUUAGUGAACUAAUCAAAGAUCAUCCAGACAGCAGAAAAUGCAAACACUGCCCGAGAUUCGUUUUGAAAGACAACUUAAGGGAACAUUACACAAAAAAUCAUAAGCUGCUGAGAUGUGAGGAUUGCAAAAGGAUAUUCUUUAGUAAAAACUCAUUGAAUGAUCACAAAAAAAUACAUGAAGAACCUAAAUUUACUUGCGAUUUUUGUGGAAAAAUGACUGUAAAGAAGAAAGGCUUGGAGACUCACAUAAAAUAUGUUCAUCUAAAACAUGUUUCAGAAUCACAAUUACGUUCACGAAAAAAAUUUCAAACUGAGAUGUAUUCUUUGCCAAAAAGCAUUUCGAGAGGCAAGGCUCUUGAAAGAUCAUCUGGCAGUGAAACAUUUGGGACAAGAGCUUUACAAAUGCUCAAUUUGUAA